UUAUAUGAGCUUUAGAAUCCCUUGUGCCUGUAGCACUGACUUUUUUGUGCUAAAGUGUGUUCUGGAUUAGGGGUGGAUCCCACUUUAUCAAUGAGAAACACAUGAGAGUGGAGCAAACUUAACAGCAAAGUUUAAGAAUUUUUGCUAACUCACGUUGUGCCAUUGAUCUCAAACCAACUAAUAAGUGCUGCACUCCUAACCUGCGUAUAGCAAAGCUCCUUGCUAUUUAAAACGCUGGGAGCAGCUCAGCACCUGAACUUUAUAUAGCUUUGAUAAAUGCUUAUCACUUCCUUCUCUAACGAGAUAGCCUUUGGAGCUGUGUUACAGCUGGGAGGUGGCUCUUCCCCUGAAGAAACAAGCCAGACGUGAGUGUGGCUUUCAUCCCGAAACUCUGCAGCUGCUCUCCAUGCUCCCUGCGCCCGCUUCUCCCUUCUAACCCCCGCUGAAGAUAAGGCAGAGAGGAGCCGCUCGGCUCAACUGUGGGGCCGGGCGCUGGAGCGAGAGGGGCGGUGCGGUGCUCGCAGCCCGCCCAGCCGCCGGGCCUGCCUUCCUGCUGCGCCGCCGGGGUUGUCAAUCAGUCCAAGAAUGAGCACAUGCAAGAAGUCUUACGCUGACCAGGCUGCAAAUCUUGAGAAGUUCGACCCUGAAAUCCUUUCUGAAAUUGAGAAGCUCUUUGCAAAGAAGUUUUCUUACACUAAGCCGCUUAAUAAUGAGUGGCAGCUCCCGGAUCCCAGUGAUGCCUUCACGUGUGACCACAAGGAAUUCAACUCGCUUCUUGAUCUGAAGAACUCGAUGAACGAAGUGAAGAACCAGCUUAGUGAUAAGAAUCUUACCGAAUGGCACCAGCACACUUCGUUUACCAAUAAAGCGGGGAAAAUAAUUCCUCAUGUGAAGAAAUCUGUGAAUGCUGAGCUGUGCACCCAGGCCUGGUGCAAGUUCCAUGAGAUGCUGUGCAGUUUUCCUCUCCUCCCUGCAGAAGCUCUUCAGGAGGGACAGCUGAAUUCUGUUCACCUCUGUGAAGCACCGGGAGCUUUUAUAGCCAGCCUCAAUCACUACUUGAAAUCCCACCACAUCCACUGUGACUGGAAUUGGGUGGCUAAUACUCUAAACCCAUAUCAUGAAGCAAAUGAUACCCUUAUGAUGAUUAUGGAUGACCGUCUUAUAGCAAAUACACUGCCUUGGUGGCACUUUGGCCCAGACAAUACCGGCGAUGUGAUGUCAUUGAAACAUCUGACAGGACUUAAGAACUUUGUAAGUAAUAUGGCCACAGUUCACUUAGUAACUGCUGACGGCAGUUUUGAUUGCCAAGGAAAUCCAGGUGAACAGGAAGCUCUCGUCUCACCCCUCCAUUACUGUGAAGCAGUCACUGCUUUAAUGAUCCUGGGUGUAGGAGGAUCCUUUGUUUUGAAGAUGUUUACCCUGUUUGAGCACUGUUCCACCAACCUUCUCUUUCUGCUUAACUGCUGUUUUGAGGAGGUCCAUGUCUUCAAGCCAGCCACUAGCAAAGCUGGAAACUCGGAGGCCUAUGUAAUUUGUCUUCGUUACAUGGGCAGAGAGAGCAUUCAUCUGCUGCUCUCUAAGAUGAUGCAGAACUUUGGGACAGAUAUGGUCAACAAAGCUCUUUUCCCCCAGCAUGUGAUCCCAGAAUCUUUUCUUAAAAUACAUGAGGAGUGUUGCAUGUUCUUCCACAGGUGCCAGGUAGAGACUAUCUGUGAGAACAUCUACCUCUUUGAGCACAUGGAGGAAGCGGAGCAGGCAAAACUGAACAAGUUAAGAGACUGUGCAGUGGAGUUCUUCAUGCAAAGGUUUUGUAUGAAACCCAUUGCUAGAAACAGCUGGCUUGUCAAGAAGUCUCAGGCUGGUUGCAGCAUGAAUGCAAAAUGGUUCGGGCAAAGGAACAAAUAUUUUAGUACGUACAAUGAAAGAAAGAUGCUGGAAACCCUUACGUGGAAUGAUAAAGUGGCAAAGGGCUAUUUAGAUCAUGUGGCUGAAGGACACAGUUUAAAUAAUGCUGGUAAAACGUGUAUUUUGGAAGGAUUGUCUUCUAACCUAAAGUGUAACUUGUGGUACAUUUUGGAAGGAAAGAGAAUACCAGCAGUGAAAUGUUCUCCAUUUUGUGAUGGCCAAGUCUUGGAAAACCUUAAUGAAGCUAUGAAUGAGCUGGUGGGGAGGCAAAAAAGCAAACAGCUGCUGCAGCUUUGUCACUCCUGUGAGGUACUUCGUGGGGAGCAGAUAAUGGCAGAAGUGUCUGAUCUUUCCCAGUCUUAUCGGGAGGUCCUGAAUGGAAAAUGUGGGGACAAAUUCAAGUGCCUUGUGGUGGACUUCCCACCCCUUUAUGAUGCUGAAAGCCAGCCCAGUAUGGAAAUAAAGUGCCUCAACUUGGCCACGCUGCUGACUUUUAGCUUCUCUUUGCUUUAUGAUGGAGAACCAAAAUACCAACAGCAGCUUUUGGGGUGUGUUCUGCAUUCCCUGGAUCAGCUUACAAUGGGAGAUGCAUUGAUUCUGCCUAUUCUUUCUUGUUUUACACGUUUCACAGCUGGCCUGGUGUUUGUACUGCAUUGCUGUUUCAGAUGCAUCACGUUUGCUUGUCCGACUUCCCGUGAGCCUUUGAAGGCGUGCACUGUUUUGCUGUGUGUUGGUUACCAGGGUGUCCCAAAUCCUGUUAUUGAGUACCUGCAACAUCUGCAUAAACUAAUGAGUUCUUUGCUAGACUCGGAUUCUCCCAAGCAAGUUUUGCAGUUUGUGCCUAUGGAGAGUCUCCUCCAGGGCAAACUGUUGGAGUUCUUGUGGGAUUUGAACACAGCCAUUGCAAAGAGACAGCUCCACUUGCUCGUGCAAGCUAAGCAGCAACAAAUGACUGGCAAUACUUCACUCUAAAAUAACCCUUGAAUCGAGCAAGUUGCUGCUCUACCUUGUAUCUCAGGCAGGUAGAAGUUAAAAACAUUGUUGUGAAUAUCAAUGCCGAGUUUUACGGUCACGGCAGGAGGAUGCUUUGAGCUGUCAACCCUACUCAUGGUGGACUGGCCUGUAGAAACCCCUGGCUUAAUCUCAGGUGUGGGAGGUUGAGGCAGUGUUUGGAGUGGAUAAACUGUUUCUUCUAUGACAGUUAUCUCUUCAAAUUUCCUUGUGUACCACUUGGAUCAGUGGUGUUGCCUUCAUGUUGAUAGGUGGUGUGGUGCCUUACCUGUUUCUUCCAGCCAGACUGUGGUGGGCUUUGUUUUGUGACAUUAUCCUUCUUCUGCUGAGCUAAAUGGGGGAGUUCUGACACCGCUGCCUUUUCUUAUGGGGUUUGUGGGAGCCAAAAGUUGAUGUUGGGGCCUGGCAAUAUGAAAGCCUGGGAUGCAACUGGAGGGAUGAGUGUCUUGAAUGGGCAACUGGCUUGCAGGGGCUGGGUUGAAAACAACUGCCUCUAAGCAAUAGCAGAGGUGUCCAGGGAAUGAUUCUCUUUAACUCAAAAUGUGAACGCAAGGAUCAUGCUAUAUGGCCUAGGACAGGUGAUUGCAUGGCUUUGUCUCCCUGUCCCAUCAAUGGAUGGAGUAUUUUAACUUUGUGUUUUUUUUAUGGGCACCUUUUCCUUAACCUGAUCUGGGACUCCUUGAUUGAAGUGCUAUUAAGGAGGAACUGCAAAUGUUCUUAGGCUAAAAGCGUGGUCACGUAGGGCUCUGAAAUGCUUAGGAGGAGUGCUAAGCUGAAGGAAUGUGAUACUUUCUUUGGGUUAAGAUUUCAUUUGGUUCUCCUCAGAGAUAAAAGCUGAUGAAAUUGCUGACUGACUGCUCCUUUAAGGGAGUUGAAUUUUAUUUUUCCAUAUUGCUCCUUUGAGAGCUGAAUUUUGGAAGCCUGGCUCGUAUAUUAACAUUUAGUUUUAAGUUUGUAGUUUACACGGGGAAAACUUGCUUGGAGGGAGAAAUGGUGUUUGGAAGGAGAAAUGAUUUACUGCUGAUAUGUGCAGGAUCUCGUAGAAGAAAGUCGGAAACGUGGAGCCAGAAGGAAAAUAGUCUCCUGAUUAAUUACCAGUCACCUUCUGGAAGCACUUCUAAUUAUGUAAUAUAGGAGCUUGAAGGAUAAUUGAUUACUGGUAAGGAUUAAAAGUGCUGCUGAAAAACUGUUUUGUCUGGAGGUGCUGCACAUUUAAUAAGCUUUUUUUUUAACGUGUUGAUUGGGGCAGAAUUUCAUGCAUUUAACAGUUCAUUUUUAUUUAAGGGUUUGACAGGUGAAUGAGUUGGUGGCUCAGCUCUGACUAACUGAUAGCAUUUGCUAAAAGCCAUGGGGUUUUUUUUACAGCUGCAUGUAGGUAGAAGCAGAGAAGCCAUGCAAACAGAAGCUUCAGGGGUUGGUCAUUGUCCCCUUUCAUUUAUUUAAAUGAGCUCGCUCUGUCAUGAGCUGAAUCAUGCUUCCUCCCUCAGACCAGGAUUUGGGAUUGCACUGAGAAUGAGAGAGAAAAAAGCAGGUAAGAAACACUGUAGAAGAAUGACUGACAAGACGGGUUCAAAGACCGCCUGUUACAGUCUCCCUUACCUGAGUCAAAGCAGAAUAAAGGUAUUGUCCACCGAAGACACCUUUGUGUCUCCGCUGCUGUUUCAGAGGUGAUUUAUGCAUCUGAAACUUGCACUGAGCUGAAGCAUAUAAAAAGGCUUCUCUUAAAGCAGGGGCAAAUGAGGCUUCGAGUGCACGGGUGUUCUUGCAUUGUGGUAUUCUGCUGUGGAGGCCCAAGUAGAAAAAGCAUCCCAACCAGAAGGUGAAUCAUGUGAGUUUUUCUCCUAACGUCAAUCUGAUGUUUUUUGAAUUCUUAUUGUAAAGUAAAAUCUGAGCUCUGCUAAUGAUGUGUUUUUCAGGCUUGAAAAUCCUUUCCUCAUGGCAUUCUGCUUCCCGUCCUUCCUUAGUUUUUAAGACAAAGCAUUUUGAAUAGCCACAGAAUGAGAAGCCAGAUCCCUAAAACAUAGGAAAUCCAAUGUCGUGCAUAUCCUGGUGCCCUGUUUGCUCUGGACCUGUUCUGUUGGCAGCUGUCAGGAGGUGACAGGAGAAAUCCUUUGGCAGCAGCUGCUCCGUCUGUUAAGGAAAAGAUCUGAUUUGGAAACUCUUCUUUUGUUGUUGUUGUCUCAAUGGCAGCAGUUUCAAAGUUAGGAAUGAUGCUUGUCUUAAUUACGAGAGUCCCCCAUUGUCCUGGCUGUCUCAAGACCAAAAAUGUCUUUGAGAAGUGACACUUAAUUUCACUUGUGACUUUUGGAACGUGUAAGAAUGCAUGGGAAGAAUGCAUUAACCUUUGAAGAGAGGGGCUGAUGGCUCCCGCAUUGGUCAGUGCUGUCAGUCCCUUUGGCUGAUUGGGUUUUGGGUGAUGGCUGAUGAAGCAUCUUAAUGUCAUGGCUGCUGUUACUCUGGCCUCUUUCUUUUUUCCUUUGACCUGUUUGAGGAUGAACUGGUUAUCAGCUCUCUUCUGUAGGAGCCUCAGUCUUCACACAGGGAAAAGAUGGUGGAGGAAGGAAACAUAGAUUGGUAGAUAAGUAGAACGUAGAUUCAAUCAGUGUGCAUGAAAACGUGAAGCAAAUUUAGUUUUGCAGCUCUGCUGCUUGUUUCCAAUGAAGGACCAGUAUCCAUUGAUCAGCUGCAAGCUCCAUUGUUUUGUUCUGAAUGUCUGGAUCUUCUGUUUUAAGUGAGCAUUGCAUGGAGGUUAAACAGAUUGGAUUCCUCACCAACCAAAUGUGUUGGUUUUCCUUUUCAGUUGAGUUGCAUUGAGGCUUGCCAGAUAUUCUCGCUGAUCUUAUGUGGAUUUAUUUGGAUGUGCACAGAUUGUGUGUGUUUUUGCCACUGGCUUUCCAAUUUAAUUUCUGCAGAACGUAAUGAGAUUUAUAGUAUGAAAUCCGAUAGCUUAUUAAAACGGUACUAAUUGGUGUCUAUUCGUCUUAAUUGAAGCUGAUCUAUCAGAUUCCUGCUGGUAAAAGUAGAAUAUUUAGCAGAAUUACAGUUUAUUAAAAGCACAACUUGGGAUUUAACAAGGAGGGCUUUGUGUUCCUUAUGUAGAAAGUGGGAGAAGUUAAGAAGAAACCCCACACCUUGAUUUUGGACCGCUGUAACUGGGUGCUUUAGGAUGCAAUGAAGGAAGGUUGACCAGCAAGCUGAAGCCUCAGAGCUUUACCACUCCUGUUACUGUUCCUAAAACCCAUCUUUCAGCAUCUGUUUAAUUUACAGAUGAUUUUCAGCUUGUUAAUUCUUAAUGGUGAAGCAGAGGAAAUCCUACGUUAAUCCAUCUUACCGUUUUGGGUGGUGUGAAAUGCUUUUGUUUAUUAGUUUUAAGCAAGAGCUUCCAUUUCAGCUGCAGCCUUUGAAUAUCUAUCUCUUAUAUUUCUUUUAGGGCUUUGAAAACAGGGAGAUUAAAAUUUGCUCCCAGAAGCCUGGUAAUGGUUUCUCCAUCUCAUUCGUGAAGCCCUUUUCAUGAAUGCCAUAUGGAUAUCCUCAGCUCCAGUUGUUUGUGUUGCGUUCACCUGACAAAGAUCAAGCGGGGCUGUUUAUGCCAGCGAUGCAUUCAGCCUGUGGCUGCUCAUUUCUUACUCUUUGGGGAAUGAUUUGGAUUGCUGUUGAGCCCUCCUGUGCCGCUUGUGGGGGUCCAGAGCCAAAUGCAAGUCUGAACAAUGGAGUUUGCUGAAAGUAUUAGCUGGUGGAUAUAGGGACUUAAAUAAGAAGAACCUGUAUGAGACAUUUAAAUGCAGGGCAUUUUCUCACCUGCAAGGAGAGGCCUUUCCUUGCUCUGAAUUCUCUUUUAAAGAAGCUCUGAGGUGUAAGUAUGUGUGCAAAGAGGUUGCCAGUUGUGUGCUGCCUUUCUUAUGCACACGCAGUACAUUUGUGCUUGCAUGUGUGGAAGCCCCCAUGAUGAUGAUACAGCGAGGAAGAUGUUUCUUUUGUAACUCAUCAACGUGUGCUUUUGUUUUGAAGGGUGUGAAUGUAAAUGUAAAUAUUUUCUUUAUGUACAUUAUGGCAUAUAUUGGUUUACGUGGCUGUUGUGUAUUUGUUUGGCCCACGAAUCUGUUAAAAGAGCUUAUCUAAAUGGAAGAAAAGCAAAAUGUAUGCAGAAAAAAAUAAACUAUAUUCUGUUUUA